CCCAGCCCGCCGCAGCUUCUAACCGCAAGCGCGCAUCUCGCGCGCUCCAGUUUCGCGGCAAACUCUCUGCACUUAGUGGGUGGGACGGAGGCUGGAGCGCGUUGAAAGCCAAGCGCCCUGGAGUGGGAGAGGAGCCGACGCCGGGGGUCGCAGGGAGGAAGAAUCCCCUAGCUCGGCCCCAUCCAAAGCAAGUGGGAUACACAGACACGCCCCGUGCUCACCAGCGCGUCUGCGGCUGGACCCGGACCCCGCGACGCCGCCACCACGCUGCGGCCGCCAAGCCCCUCCCUCCUCUCGAGCAGCUCCGGCCGCCCUGCUAGCGGCGCCGGCCGCGCCAUGGAGCCGGGCAUGGAGAGCGCGGCGGGCGACCCGUACCGGCGGCCGGCGCGGCGCACGCAGUGGCUGCUGAGCGCCCUCGCGCACCACUACGGGCUGGACCGCGGCGUGGAGAACGAGAUCGUGGUGCUGGCCACCGGCCUGGACCAGUACCUGCAGGAGGUCUUCCACCACCUGGACUGCCGUGGCGCCGGCCGCCUGCCCCGCGCCGACUUCCGCGCGCUCUGCGCCGUGCUGGGACUGCGCGCCGAAGGCGCCGCCGCCGCCGGGGAGGUCGCACGGGAUGGCGCCGCGGGGGACGCGAGCGGUGAGGACGGGGACGCGAGCUCUGGACUUGUGGCUGCGGACGGGGACACGGACACCGAGGAGGAGGCGCGCCUAGCGUUGCGCGCCGAGCCCCCCGAGCUCACCUUCCGCCAGUUCCACGCACGCCUCUGCGGCUACUUUGGCACCCGCGCGGGACCCCGGCUGCCCCGCGGCGCGCUCAGCGAGCACAUCGAGACGCAGAUCCGCCUGCGCCGUCCGCGCCGCCGCCGCCGCCCUCCCCGCGCGCCCUGCCCGGACGGCGGCCCGGACGACGGCGGCGGCCCGCACAGCGAGCGCGUGGCGCGGCUGGAGGAGGAGAACGGCAGCCUGCGCGAGCUGGUGGAGGACCUGCGCGCCGCGCUGCAGAGCAGUGACGCGCGCUGCCUCGCGCUGCAGGUGCGAGCGCGAGGGGCUGCCACAGGGGUCGGCCUCUGGAAGAUCCAGGCGGGCGCCCCGGAGGUAGAGGCGGCGGCGGCAGCGGCAGCGCGGGAGCUGCGGCAGGCUCAGGAGGCGCUGGCGGCUGCAGAGGCGCACGCGGGGCGGCUGCGGCGGUGCCAGGCCGAGGUGCGGCGGCGCGCGGAGGAGGCCCGGCGGACGGUGCUGCGCAGCCUGCACCGUGUGCGUGAGCUCGAGGCCCUGGCGCGGCAGGUGCCCGGCCUGCAGCGCUGGGGGAGGAGGCUGGAGGCGGAGCUGCGGGGCUACAGGGCAGAGGGAGGCCAGCGUCCAACCCCUCCACGAGCCAGCCCUGAGCCAGAAGGCAAGAAUGACGAACCCGAGGACAUUGGGGCCCAAGCCCCAGAUGCCUCUCCAGAGGAACCCUGGCACUCAGACAGCAGCUGGGGGAGCAGAGUCCUGGAUGAAGAAGAUGAGCAGCUCUUCCGCUCUGUGGAGGGCCAGGCUGCCUCUGAGGAAGAGGAGGAAGAGGAGGAGGAGAAGUGGCAGGAGGUGGAGAGGCCGGUGGCCCAGGCUGAGGCCUGGCCCUUGGGCUGCGGGAGUAGGUGUGACCACCAGAUGGCCAAGAAGCUGCUGAUGUACCUCAGCUGCCGUGGUGACGCCGAGCACACCUGCUCCCCCAGAGAGCUGGAGGCCCAGGUGGCCAGGCUGUUGGAGCAGCUAGACAUCCAGGGCUGUGAAGGCGGAAAGAGCCUGGGGCCAUGCGUGGAGGAGGCAGAGCUGCAGCAAAAGGUGGCGGAGAACGAGCAGCUGCGGCUGGAGCUGCAGAUGGUGGAGACAGAACGGGUGCGGCUGUCCCUACUGGAGGAGAAGCUGGUGGACGUCCUGCAGCUCCUGCAGAGGCUCCGCGACCUGAGCAUAUCGAAGAGAGCCCUGGGGAAGAUUUUGCUGAGCACGCUGGAUGGUUGCAAGGACCCCUCACAGGAGGGGAGGUCAGGCCCCCUGGCUGUCCUGGAUGCCCUGCAGCAAGCCUUGGCGGGCUGUGAGCUCCUGCGGAUGCCAUCCUCAGGACCCGCCUCCACCGCCCCUGUGCUUGCCAACCCACUCCUCAUCUCCUGCUGAGGUCUCUGGCCCAGCCUGACGGCUGCCAUCGGAUCAGCCUCCCCGGGCCAGCCUGACCUCCACCACGGGAACACCCAGCCCCGGGCUCUGGCAGCCACCCCUUCUCGCGCUCCUGUGGCCCCUGCUUAUGCCUCAAGACUCCAUCAGAGCCGAGCCUCUCCUGCACCACUUACACCUUCUGCUGCCUCCUGCCUCAGAGCACAGUGACCGCCUUCCCACCUAGUGCACCCCCACCCUCAGCCCGUGCGCUGCUGUAAGGGAUCCUGCGCCUGACCUUCAGGGCACAGCUGGUCCAGUAGACACUCCCUUGACCCAGGAAAUGCCCAAGACUCGGAGAGGCUGGAAGCUCCAAGGAGGUAGCCAUUGCUGUGGGCUUCCUGUGAGAGCUGGUGCUGAGCUCAUUCUAGAAAACAGGUAGGAUGUGCAUGGCCAAGGCAGGCGGGAAGGCCAUGGGAGGAGCAGGAGUAAAGACGUGCUCUGAGCAGGGACCCCCAAUAAUGCCGAACCCGGAGCCCCUCCUUCCGGAACACACACUGGGUACUGGCAGGACUCUUGUGACAUCGAGGGGAGAUUAACACAAGGUAAGAGAAGAAGACGCGUUAGCUACAGGUACAGUGUGGGUAAAAUCAGUGCUAGAUCGAGGGAAAAUAAAGAAUUACGAGAACUCAACCCAGAGGGGUUUAUGCGAGCCAUGGAGGGCAAGGGUACCUGACACGGGUGUGGGUAGCAGGGGUGUGGGCACCUGGUCUGCUGCAGCAGAGGUGGCAGGAAGGGGCCAGGCAUGGGGCCUUUGUGGCAGACAAGAAUCUAAGACUUGAUGCCAUAGGCAAUAGGGAGCCAUGGCAGGCAAGGGUGGACUGGGGUCAGGGAGAAGAGUGCAGGAGGGGCGCCAGGGGACUGUGAGUGCAGGAGGGGCGCCAGGGGUCUCUAGGGGCUGAGUGGGGGUGGAGAGGAGCCAGUGGGCAGCCACUGUGAGGCCCAAGAGCGGCAGGCGGUGCUGGGCAGGGGCAGCAGAAGAGAGAGGGAAGGGAGGGGCUCAUAGGGCAUGAGUUUGACCCUGGCCGCAGGUCCAGUUCCUCAGACUCCACAGGAGGCACCAGGGGGCAGCACAGCGGGGCCAUCUCUGGUGCAGAUGGAGAGAGGCUGUCUGUCUAUUGGAAGGCCCUCGGGUCCCCCUAGGCCCCAUUCCCCUAGCUGUGCUGUUCACUAAGCUCUGUGUGGACCCCUCCUCAGUAAGAGGGCCGAGCUCGUGCCCUGCUCCUGCCCAUGGCUCCGGGCCCCUGUCUGUGUGUGAGAUCAGGUGUGAGGGGUGAAAUCCACAGGGUGACCCAGGCAGAGAGGGGCCCCACUUCAAUGGCUUCACCUCCGAGAACCCUGCUAGGCUCUCAUGUGGGAGCUGAAGAAAAAAACCUGGGCCUCUGGCACACAGACACCAAAGCAUUUGUGGUUUGUUUGUUUGUUUGUUUGUUUUGCAAUCCUGGGGAUCAAACUCGGCCAGAUGUAUGCUCAUGAAGCUCUCUACCACAUUGGUGCUUUGCUGAUGUUGUUGUUGUUGAUGAUGAUGAUGAUGAUGGGAUGGGAUCUUGCUAUUCUUCCCAGACGGGUCUCAAACUUCUAGGCUCAAGCAAUCCUCCUGCCUCAGCCUCCUGAGUAGUUUGGACUACAGACAUGCACCACAGAACCCAGAUAAUUACAGGACUACAAACACUUCCUUUCCUAUUCUCUAUGUCCCUUAACUCCUAACAUUAAAGGCUGGUUUACUGGAGUUUGUUUUAUCCAGCAGAUCAUGUGGGUCUUUCAGAAAACUACAAGACAUACUAAAAGGCAAAACACACAGUAUGAAGAAGCAGAAUAAACACGAGAGCUAGACCCAGCUACAUCAGAGGUUCUGGGAUUAUCAGAAUGGGAAUUUAAAACCACUGUAAGUGAUCGGGAAUGAGAAAAGCAGACAGCGUACAAGAACAAAUGGAUAAUGUAAACAGCAAGAUGGCUGUUCUAAGAAAGAACCAGAAGGAGAUGCUAGAAGACAGAACCAGCAUCACAGCAGUGCUGGACUUAUUAGCAGACGGGGAUGGUGAGGAAAGAAUACCUGAGCUGAGAGACAACUACAAAUAUGUCACAAUGCAUGAUAGGAACGUCAGAAAAAAGAAAAAGAAAUACAAACAAUAAUCAAGUACUAAGAACCUGGAAUUCUCCGCAAACAUCAGACACCAAGCUGCAGAUAGAGGAAGCUCAGGAAGCACAAGCAAAAUCAAUACAAGCAAUAAAACAUAAACUUAAAAUUACAGCUUGGCAUGUGAUAAUCCAACUGUGAAAAAAAAAUCUUGAAAGAAGACACCUUAAAAAGCACCUUACCUAACAAGAGGAACAAACAUAAGAAUUACAGAGACCACGAAGGAUGCAAACAAAGCGUACAGUGAAGUCUUUAAAGGGGAGAAAGCCUCAAGUUCAUUGUCUUUCAAAACUCUCCUUUAAGGAGAAAGUUAAAUAAACUUCCACAAACAGAAAUUUGCCAGGGUACCUGGCUUUCAGGAAAUGUUAAAGGAAGUCCUCUGAGAGAAGGAAGGUUUACAGGCCCCAAACUUGGAUCUAUACAAAGAAGGAAGAGAAGAGCUUUAGAGGAGAUACAUUAGUCACUUUGCCACUGCAGGUACAAAAUAUCUGACAUGCUACAGUUUAGGGAGGACAGGUUUAUUUGUUCAUUAAUCCAUUUGUUCAUUCAUUUUGAGACAGCAUCUCACUAUGUAGGUCAGGAUGGCACUGAACUCACUAUGUAGCUCAGGCUGAUCUCAAAAUCAUGGCAGUCUUCCUGCCGCAGCCUCCCAAGUGCUGGGAUUAUAGGUGUGCACCACCACAUCUGGCAAAAGAGAGGUUUAUUUUGCCCCACAGUUUUGAGACAGAAAUGUCCAGACUCUCUUUCCAUACUGCUGUGGGUUCCAACUGACAGCUGUCACCUCCCUCUCUCUGGGACCUAAGGGUGCACUGGAUGUCCUCUGUCACACGGCAGUUACUCCAAGGACACCCUCUGGGCUAUGCAGGCAGGUGGCCCAGCUCAGCUGACAGCCCCAGCACCCUUCUCCAGCUCCUGUACUCUGGGGAGCUGCUGGGAAACCACCCUUGACAACACCCUUGACAUCAGGAUGGAAUUGGGGGUCCCACACCCCAAACCCCUCCCGGAGAUGCCUGGGAAACAGGAGUCACAGCCUCAACUUCGCCGCCUUCUCAGGGGAGUAGCUGUCAUUCAAGCAAGUGCUUCUGCUAUGCCAUGGACCUGUUGCCAUGACAUCUGGGUUGUCCUGGACCCCCUCACCCAAUAAUACAUGCCAUGAUUAUAGUUUAUGUCAGGGAGAAGACUGGCAGCAAUGACAUGGGGAUGAGAAAAGCAGUUAGAAAUAUUUUGUUAUGAUAAGGUACCUAGCCAGGAUAUAGCUCAUAGGCACAGCACCUGUCUGGCACGUGUGAGGUCCUGAGUUCGACUCCUGGUGCCAAAAAAAAGACGAAGUAGUAUAGUAGUAUUUGAAAAUAUACUUGGGUUAGUUCAAAACUUGUACUGCAAAUUCUACAGCAACUAUUAAAAGAAGGGGAAAAAAAGUAGUGGUGGUGGCAGUAUAAUUGAUAAAUCAGAAAAGUAGAGAAUGUGGAAUCAUAUAAGAUCUUCAAUUAAAACCACAAGAGCGCUUGGAGCCUGAGACAGGAGGAUCACAAGCUCAAGACCAGAUUAUUUAGUGAGAUGCUGCUUUCUUUUUUUAAAGGUUUUUUGUUGUUGUUGUUGUUUUUUGGUACCGGUGAUCAAACUCAUGACCUCACACUUGCCAGGCAGGUGCUUGUGCCACUGAGUAAACCCCUGACAAGGUGCUUCUGCUUUCUUAAAUGAAUGAACAAAAAGCGUAAGAGUAACAAAAACAGAUGCAAUGAAUAGAAAACAGUAACAAACAGUGCAUAUUAACCCAAUUAUACCACUGUCACCUCAAAUAUCAACGGUUUAACUAUAUCGGCUUGAAGACAGAUGUUGUCAUGUUGAAGGAAAAAGAAACAAUUAGGUAUUAUCUAUAAGAAAUCCAUUUUAGAUAUAAAGACACAAAUAGUUUAAGAGGAGAGAUGGGGGAAGAUAGUAGCAUGCUAACACUCCUGGAAAGACUGCCCGAAUUGCUCUGUUACUUUCAUGGAAAGCAGACUUCAGAAUAAGGAAAACGAUCAGAGGCAAAAAGAGCGUCGUUUAAGGAGAAAGAGGUCAAACCUCCAAAAAGACGUAACAAACCUCAGUGUAUAUGCACCUAACAACACAGUCACACAGACAGAGCUGCAAACAGGAGUAGGUGAAUUCACUAUUUUAUGGGGAGACUUCACACCCUUCUAUAAGAAAUGGACACGCUCAGCAGGUAGAAAACCAGCAAAGACAUAGCUGAACUCAGCAGAACCCAGCACCGGACGGAUAUAACUGCCACCAGCAGAUCACUUCAUUCUCAUGCUCACACAGAACAUUCUCCAAGGCAGACCAAACUCUGGGCCAUGGAACACUCUUACCAAGUCUGAAAACAGAAAAUGAUACACUGCUCUCAGAUGACAAUGGAAUUAGCCAGAAAUCAAUAACAGAAAGACAGCUGAAAAAUCCUCACUUAGUGAUUGAACAAUUCUUUCUAAAUAACACAUAGCUUCAAGAAGAUAUUUCAAGAGGAAUUUUUAAAGGCCUGAACUAAAUUAAAAUGAAAAUAUGCCUUACAAAAUGUAUGGGAUACAGCCAAAAGCAAUGCUUAGAAGGAAAUGUAGAACAUCAAAUUCAUGUACCAGAAAAGAACAAAGAACCAAAAUCAAUCAUUAAGACUCUGCCUCAGGAAACUACAAAAAGAAAAGCAAAUUUUAAUUCCAAAUUGAUCAGGACUUUCAAACCUGGUCUAUAGAUUUGAUCCAAAACAAAACAAAAGAAAAAAUUUGAGCAGAAAAUAAUGAAAUGGAAAACAGGAAAUCAGGAGAGAAAAGCAACAAAACCAAAAGGAGGUUCUACAAAAAGAUCAAUAAAAGUGAUGGGCUUCUCGCCAGGCUAAUUAAAGAAAAACGAGAGGAGAAACCAGCAACUAAUGACAGAAAUGAAAGAGGGUACAACAUUGUGGAUCCCAAAACAUCAAAAAGAUGUCCGAGAAACAGUGUGAGUACCUUUAGGCCUGCAGAUCUGAUGGCCUAUGUGGCAUAUGCAAUGUUCAAAAACUCAUAUAAGACGUGGAUGAUCUGACUUGGCCUAUGGCUCUUAAAGAAUUUAAUAAUAAACUUCCCCAAAAAAAGCCUAGAUAGGUUUGUUGGUCCAUUCUAUAGCCAGAUUGUAAGAAAGACAUUAUACGAAUUACUAACAAUCUCUUCUAGGAGACAUAAACACAAAUAUUUCCUCCUGACUUAUUCCAUGAGGUUAGAAUUACUCUAACAUUAAAACCAGACAAAGGCUUUACAAGAAAAGACAAGGGAUCAAUAUUGCUCAUGAAUGUAGAUUCAGAAGUCAUCAACAAGUAUCAGCAUGUCAGAUCCAAUGGUGUAUAAAAACAAUCAUUUACCACACAGCCAUGCCAGAGAGGUACACGGGUUCUAAUUGCAGAGAGGUGAAGACAGCAUGGGCAGCUCAAGAUGGAAGGUGGCUCACCCCUGUAAUCCCAGCACUCAGGAGGCUGAGGCAGGAGGAUCGUUGCGAGUUUAAGACCAGCCUGGGCUACAAAGUGAGCUCAAGGCCAGUCUGGACUGCAUAGAGAGACCCUGGCACAAAAAGGAAAAAAAAAAAAGAUGGAAAAGCAAGAACAGAACUAGGAACUAACACAGCCCAACCUGGAGAUGUCUAGAGAGCUGCAGUCAUCCAGACGGCACCGUAUUGAAAGAGCGGUACAACAGAGCAGUGGGAGAGAAUGGGAAGCCUAGAAAUAGAUCUAGUCAACUAUCACUGAAACGGGAGCAAAGGCAACACAGCGGAGGAAAGGAAGUGUGCACUGAAAACUGGUACCAGGACAACCAGACAUCUACGUGGAAAAAUACCUCUCAUGAAAAUUAACUCAAAAGGUUCACAGGGCCAACAUAAGAAAGCAAAAACUAUAAAACUCCCAGAAGAUAAUACAUGAAAAAAUCUAGAUGACCUUGGGGUUUGAGGAUAACUGUGACUGAUUGAGGAAAUAACUGAUAAGCUGAACUAGAACUUAACAAUAAUAGAACAACCUGAGGUAAAAUGGGCACACCUAUAAUCCCAGCACUCGGUAAGGCUGAGUCAGGACAGCUGCAAGCUUGAACCCAGCCUGGGCAGCUUGGCAACUUAGCUAGACCCUGUAUCAGAAUAAAAAAUUUAAAAAGGGCUAGGGAUGUAGCUCAGUUGGGAAGACCCUGGGUUCAAUCUUCAGUGCUGUAAAAUAAACCUGACUUAAAAAUGGGCAACAAACCUGAACAAACAUAUCAUUUAAGAAGAUAUGCAGAAGAAAAAUAUGCAUGGAAACAUACUCAACAUCACGUUAUUAGGAAACUGCAAAUUAAAACAAUGAGAUACUGCUGUGCACCUGGCUGAAGAGCUAUAAUCCAAAAUACUGACAGGGAUGUGGAGUCACAGGAACUCAUUUGCUGCUGCUGGGAAAAUGUACAGCCACUCUGGAAGACAGUUUGUAAAUUUUCUUACAAAACUAAACAUACUUUUACUCUACAACCCAGCAAUCACACUCCUUGAUGUCAUGAAAAGACCUGGGGGAAGCUGGGCAUGGUGGCGCACACCUGUAAUCCCUGCAUUUGGGAGGCUGAGGCAGAAGGACUGCCGAGAAUUUGGAGCCAUCCUGGACUACACAGUGAGUAUAAGGCCAGCUUAAACUACAUAGUGAGACCCUGUCUCAAAAACAAACAGAAAGACAUGAAGGAAACUUAAACGCAUAUUACUAAGUCAAGGAUGCCAAUAUGAAAACUCUCCAAACCAUAGGAUUAUCACAUGGGCUACCUUAAAGGUAGCGGUUGUGGGGAGUUAGGGGAAGGAAAGGAUGAAUUGGCAGAGUAGAGUAAAGGAAAAGAAGUUAGCCUGCCUUUCCCAUGAGCCAGCGGCAGCCAUGGGCCAGGAGAAGAACCAAGAAGUUGGCCUGUUCCCACCCACUGUGCAGGCCACAGCCUGAUUCAGAGGAACACAGGCUGUGAUGAUACGAGCAGAGGUACAAAAACAACUUAAUGCUUGUAUUGACUGAUUAACUUUGUAGGCCUGGGGCCGGUAGUCUAAGCAUCUGUUAGGGGAUUAACAAUAUGAAUUAGAGCAACUAUGAGUGAUUUGUCUUAUUUUUGAAAUUCAAUAUUGUUCUGUUUUGUUUUGUUUUAUUCCCUUCAGAAAAAAAAAGAAUAAAGAAAUAGUGAAAAAGAGACUAGA